AUGGAGUUCUUAACACUUGGUAUUCAAUGCCUCUCUCUUCUAAUUCUAUUCUCAACAACUUCUUCCCUUUCUGAAACGCUACACACAAUUCCUCGUCUCACUCCUUUCUACAGGUCCAACCUACGACGCCCAGAAUCUUCUUCUUUCAACAUUCUUCCUCAGGAAUUCAAAACCUAUUAUUACAACCAAACGUUGGAUCACUUCAAUUAUAGACCUCAAAGCUAUGCCACCUUCAAACAGAGAUACAUAGUCAACUCCAAGUACUGGGGUGGUGCCCAAUCCAACUCCCCUAUCUUGGCAUAUCUCGGCGCUGAAUCUUCUAUCGACUAUGAUCCUCUAGACAUCGGAUUUCUCACUGAUAAUGCUCCUCAUUUUAAGGCUCUUCUUGUAUACAUAGAGCAUAGGUACUAUGGGGAAUCAAUUCCAUUCGGAACCACGGAAGAAGUUUUGAAAAACGAGAACAUUCGUGGCUAUUUUAACUCGGCUCAAACUUUAGCUGAUUAUGCAGAGGUGCUGUUGUAUAUAAAGAAGAAAUACUGGGCUCAAGAUUCUCUCAUCAUUGUAGCCGGAGGAUCAUAUGGAGGAAUACUUGCUUCAUGGUUUCGAUUGAAGUAUCCACAUGUUGCACUGGGUGCCUUAGCUUCAUCAGCUCCCAUUCUCUACUUUGACAAUAUCACACCACAAAAUGGAUACCAUUCUAUAGUGACCAAAGACUUUAGGGAAGUUAGUGAGAGUUGUUAUCAAACCAUAAGAAAAUCAUGGUCAAUUAUUGACAAAAUUGCUUCCAAGCCAGACGGCCUCUCCAUUCUCAGUCGCAAGUUCAAACUUUGCCAGGACUUAAACUCGUCGAGGGACCUAAAGAAUUACUUGGUUCUGAGGUACUCAGUCGCGGCUCAAUAUGACGCACCGCCGGAAUGUCCAGUAACGGAGGUGUGCGGCGGCAUAGAUGGCGCGCCCAAAGGGUCUCAUAUUCUUGACCGGAUUUUAGCUGGUUUCUUCGCUAGUGAAAGAAACCAAUCUUGUUACAGUGUUCCCACCGGUACUGGUAUUUGGGGAUGGACUUGGCAAUGUUCCACCUUUGGGGUUCCACCUCGACCACACUGGAUAACAACCUAUUAUGGAGGACAGGAUAUCAAAUUAGUUUUGAACAAGUUUGGUAGCAACAUUAUUUUCUCCAACGGACUAAGAGACCCAUAUAGCAGCGGAGGGGUUUUGGAGAACAUAUCAGAUACUAUACUUGCUGUCUAUACCUAUAAUAAUAUAUUUUGUUUGGGUGUUGUAGGGUCUCACUGUCUAGACAUACUUGGGGAAAGUAAAACAGAUCCAGAUUGGUUAACUGAGCAACGGAAAAGGGAGGUUGACAUAAUACAAGGAUGGAUAACUAAGUAUUAUGCUGAUCUUCAAGCUAAGCCCUCAAGAAGUAGAAGACAAAUAAAUUAA